AUGUUAUUGGCCGGCGGCAAGGGAAUACGGGGGGCUGUUACCCUGGUCCCAUCGACUUUGGCGCUUGACCACGACAUGGAUACUUUCCCUCGCGAAAUUUGGAUCCGCGUAUUCUACUAUGCCUGCACUGAUGGGGGCCAAACAGGGCGUUCUAUCUCUCUUGUCAGCAAGCGGGCGCGUCGCCUUGUCAAGUUCCUCCGAUUGAACUCGCUUUGUGUAACCAGUGCAAGGCAGAUUAUCGGGUUGAGAGAAUAUUUGGAAAGCUUUCCGAUGCCUGAAAGAACAGUGUCUCACCUUUUCAUCGCGUCCGCGUAUCCGGGUCCAGAUACCGGGAUCUUCCCGACCCAAAUAUACGACUCCAUGACAAGAAUUCUGCAACUCGUGCAAUGGACACUGGUCACGUUAACAACUCAUCGCCUAUUCCUCGGCAAACCUAUACUUCCGCACGGUCUUUUCUUCCCGUACCUCACAGAAUUGACUCUCUACGACCACUUCAACACCUUCAUUGAGCGACGAGCGUUCCCUUCCCUCCGGCGAUUACACUUGUCCGUGCUUUCGGGCGGGGAAAUGUUAGCUAGAAACAUUGGAAAAGCAUGCCCAUUCCUCACACACUUAUAUGUCCUUGAGCGCGGCCUAUCUCUCACACAGGUCGAGCAAGCCCUUGGCGUCCCCCAAUUCUUACCGACCUCGACCACGAUAUCGGUCACGGUCACCAAAUUUCUUCUUCCGCGCACGAUACAGAAAGUCCUUGUCGAGACAGACCUCGGGUACAUAAGGCGAGAUCAUACGCCUUCGUCCUCAGAUGACGAUGGCUACCAUGAGUCGCUAAACGACAAGAUUGCUCAAGCGGAGUUCUGAUUUGACACGUGUUGAGGUUCGAUUGGUAGCAAGAGGGGAAGGGAAGUGAGGGAGUAUCGUGUCAGCAUUAUAGGACCAUAAAGAGAGGUUCGAGUUUGGUAUGGAAGGGCGAUGGGAUGCCGUACUAGAGAUGUGAUGUUGUAGAGAUCUUUGGGCUAUGUCUAGGGUUUGUCUAUCUCGCGCUAUAUUCGGGGGCCUCGGGCGGCUUGAAAACGCACAGACCCGUGGCGACGGCGCCGCAAUUACCUGCUUCCUUGACGUGACCUCACGGAGAGUUUCCAGUUAUUUUUAUUGAAUUCGCAGUUGUAGCCUGUUGGACAUGUACCGUGGUGUCUUCUGAGUGCCAUUAAUCAUAUACCUAUAAAUAAUUCUAACGAGAUAUCAGC